AUGUCCGCCGCCAUUCUUCUCGCCGAGUUUCGUGUUCUCUGCGUUCUUCAUCAAGCCGACCCCGGACGCGCCCAGAUCCCCGAGAAAUGGGAUACCCUGUGCCGACAGUGGUGGUCCGAGACCCGCGAUGCGGACGAGACCGAGACCGAGGAGGCCGACUGGUCUCGCUUGAUUCAAGAAGCCAUCCCCCCUGACCAGCUGGACCAGGCCCUGGGCCUCAUAUAUGAACCGGACAUCGACGAAGUGACCGGUGACGCCUUGAUCCGUCUGAACCGGGCGUGUUUGUCUCUGGGGCUCACCAAACCCGUUUUCUUUCUGCUCUUCGGGGCCAACAUUGCCAAGUCGACGCAGAGUCUCAAGUACCUUUCCGGGUUAUGCAAUCCGAGAUCUGCCCCGGGCUCCGGCCACUCCCCCAACGCCGUCAUCGCCGCCGUGCGCCUGGCCAUGAGGCUCCGUCACAAGUCUGCCCGCGCGUUCCCUGUCCCAGUCGUUAGGGACGUCACCACCGCUCGCAAGAACCUCCAAGCUGCUGCAGCAGCAAUUCCCGCCGCCGCCGCCGCCACCGCCGCCACCACAACUCCCCUCGCAGAGGAGAAUGUGGAGGAGCCACGCGCUGUCCCUUCUGAGGAAGCCCGCGACAACAUCAGCGCCCAGGCCCUGGAGCCCUUCCCUGACCCCAACCCCUUUGACGCUUCCCCCGUCCCCUCCCCCCGCGUCCGCUCCCCACGCAUCCACUCCCCCCAAUUUAACUGGCCGGAGAAUGACCUGUUUUCCGAGCUCGCGGAGGACACCGCCGCUCUGAAUCUCGGCGCGUCAGAGAACGAGGAUGAGGAGAUAGAGGACGGCGCGACGGGGCUUCCCGAGACUGAAGAGGAGGAAGAGGAAGAAGACCUGACCGAUCAUUGGCCUCUAGAAACGGUAAAUGGCGUCUUUGAACGGAACCCACCUCCUCAUAUUCUCGGCGCCUAA